ACCUUUGCCCGCCGCCCGCCUACCUUCCCUGGAACCCGGGGGCCCAUGGCUGCCGCGGCAGACCCCUGGGGGUGGCGGUCGGGAGAGGCCCGCGCUCUCGGCGGGGCUGUGAGACAGCUGCAGCGCCUGGAAGAGCAGUGCGGGGACCCCCGGCUUGCCUCCAGCCCCCCCUCGCUGCGAGACCUGCUGCCCGGCAUCGUGCAGCUGCUGCGCCAGGUGGCCCACGCCCGGCGGGCGGCCGGCGGAGGCGGCCGCGAGGGUCCCGGUGGUGCGAGGGACUUUCUCAUCGUCUACCUUCACAACCUGGAGGCCAAGAGCAGGCAGGUGGCGGCACUGCUGCCACCCCGGGGUGAGAGGACUGCCAACGACGAGCUCUUCCGGGAGGGCUCCAGACUCAGGCGACAGCUGGCCAAGCUGGCCCUCAUCUUCAGUUACAUGCACGCGGAACUGGGUGCACUCUUCCCCAAGGGAGAGUACUGUGGGCACACCUACCAGCCCACCAAGGCGCAGGCCCAUGCCUUCUGGAGGGAGCACUGUGGAGCCCGGUGUGUGCUGCCCUGGGCUGAGUUUGAGUCACUCUUGUGCACCUGCCACCCAGUGGAAUCAGGCUCCACGGCCCUGGCCUUGCGCUCCACCAUUAACCUCACCUGCAGUGGCCACGUGUCCAUCUUCGAGUUUGACAUCUUCACCAGGCUCUUCCAGCCGUGGCCAACACUCCUCAGGAACUGGCAGCUCCUGGCAGUCAACCACCCGGGCUACAUGGCCUUCCUCACAUAUGAUGAGGUCCAAGAGCGUCUGCAGACCUGCAGAGACAAGCCAGGCAGUUACAUCUUCCGGCCCAGCUGCACUCGCCUGGGUCAAUGGGCCAUUGGAUACGUGAGCUCAGAUGGCAGCAUCCUGCAGACCAUCCCUCUCAACAAACCCCUGUUCCAGGCACUCCUGGAUGGACAAAAAGAAGGCUUCUACCUCUACCCAGAUGGGAAGAACCACAACCCAGACCUGACUGAGCUCUACCAGACGAAACCCCAUCCCUACAUCCAUGUGUCAGAGGAGCAGCUGCAGCUCUACUGGGCCAUGGACUCCACGUUCGAGCUCUGUAAGAUCUGUGCGGAGAGUGACAAGGAUGUGAAAAUCGAGCCCUGUGGGCACCUGCUCUGUAGCCGCUGUCUGGCCGCCUGGCAGCACUCGGACAGCCAGACCUGCCCCUUCUGCCGCAGAGAGAUCAAGGGCCAAGAGGCCGUGAGUAUCCAAUUCCAAGUGAGGCCAGCGGAAGCCAGGGCCACUGCUGAGCACCUGAGAGAUAGCAGUGACCAGGAAGAUGGGGAGGAGGAGCUGGGACAGGUGGUUUCCUCAGCGCCCCCACAGACCCCUCAGCUGAGUGUGUCUCCUGCUAAAGGCCGGAUGAAAGUGGCACCUCUGGCCCUCCCCAGAUUUCAGGGCCCUCUUUCCUUUCCAAGAAUUAAGACUGUGACGUUAGCUCCGUGGAAAAUCGCCUCCAACCCUCAGGCCAGGGAGGAAGCCCCAGGAAACUCCUAAGGGAAAACUCCCACUGCGCCUGGGGGGCCCAUGAUUCCCUGCCCAGGCAUGGGGGCCGGUGAGUCUGCUCCAC